AUGUCCAAUCCGCCUUUUACGGCCCGAGCGGUCUUCGAGUAUGCGUCGGGCCACGAUGACGACCUCAGCUUCCCAAUCGGCCAAAUUGUAACUGUCACCGCUGUGGAGGAUGAUGACUGGUACUACGGUGAAUACACAGACGGCGCCGGUACCAAACAAGAGGGCAUCUUCCCCAAAAACUUCGUCGAACGAUAUGAACCUCCUGCGCCUCCCCGGCCGACUCGCCCUAGUAGACCCAAGAAAGAGGCCGAGCCCGCCCCCGUCGAUUCCCCCGUUGCUGUGACCCGGAGCCAGCCGCAGACGGAGCCCGAGGUUGCAGAGCAACCCGCCGCGGAGGAGCAGGAACCGGUUUCCAAGCUGCCCCUUCCUCCUCAGUCCCCGCCAGCGGUUUCGAGUCCUGUCACCGAAUCUCCAACCUCGCCCAAGGUGCCACCUCAAGCUACCAAACCCGCUCCUGCACCUGCCACGACCUCUGCGCCUCCCGUGGCUAAGUCAUCCAAGCCCCCGCCCCCAGUCGUUGCAGAGAAGCCCUCGGCUUCGUCUUUCAAAGAUCGUAUCGCCGCCUUCAACCAGUCCGCUGCUGCGCCAAUUGCUCCUUUCAAACCUGGUGGUCCUCGCCACUCGACUUCAUUUGUCAAGAAACAAUUCGUUGCCCCGCCUCCCAGCAAGGAUUCCUACGUGGCCCCGCCAAGAGAGCCCGCCCCUAAGGUGUACAGGAGAGAGGAGGAUCCUGAUGUGAAGGAGCAACUUGCUCGUGAGCCUCCUGUCUCGGAGACCCGUCCGCCUCCGCCAGCUCUGGUGACUACGCAAGACUCGGAGGAGGGUGCUGAAGACCAGCCGAAGCCGACCAGUCUCAAGGAUCGCAUUGCUCUUCUACAAAAGCAGCAAUUGGAGCAGGCUCAGCGCCAUGCAGAGGCCGCCCAGAAGAAGGAGAAGCCUAAGCCCCCCAAGAAGCCGGUUGAGCAACCCUCGGAGCCCGUCGAAGCUGAGGAGGAGGUUGCGACCUCCCCUAUUGAAACCGUGAAAACAACUCGUGAUCCCAGUGUUGACACAUUGCGUGCCAAGGCACCUCCAGCGCACCCGACUCCCUUCUCACCCUCGGAGGAAAUCGCAAGCGAGUCGAACGAUGCCGACUACUCUGCUGCUGCUGACUCUGAGGAUGCCGGAGAGACGUCCACAAGCAAGGACGAAGAGGAGGAGCGUCCUCGUCAACUGUCUACUCACACCAUUGAGCAAAAGGGUGAGGAAGCCGACGCCGAGGAAGAUGAAGAGGAGGAGGAAGAGGAAAUGGAUCCCGAAACUAAGCGCAGGAUGGAACUUCGUGCCAGGAUGGCUAAGAUGAGUGGUGGCAUGGGCAUGAUGGGACUCUUCGGGCCUCCUGGUGGUCUACCGGGCAUGACUCCUCCUACGGGAUCUCGCAAGCCGAAGACUCCUGGAGAAUCUGAGAAGAGGCUUGCUGAGCCCGAACCUACGUCUCCCCGCCAUGCUCCUCCGGUGCCUUUGCCUGGAAUGCAUAUCGGCGCGAAGCCUCCUGUCGAGGUAGAGAAGGAUGAGGAGGAGGAAGAAGAGCCCCUGGCGACCCCCAUUUCUGAACAACAUCCUCCACGACAAGUACCAGAUGUUGAGGACGUCGUUCAUGAAGGUCCCCCUCCACGUCGCUCGACUGAUCGUCCCCCUCCCGUCCCACCUACUGAACGCUCUGCAGUAGCACCCCCAGUCCCAGAGGCACGAUCUGUUCCGCCUCCGCCAGUGCCAGCCGAGGAACUAUCAUCGCCCCCUCCAGUCCCAGGAGGUCGGCCUGCCCCUCCCCCGCCUAGGCCUUCAACGGGCGACGAGUCCGAUGACGAACUCUCCGUGCAUGCAAAGACCUUGUCCUUAGAUGACGCUGCUCAGCCGCCUGCAGUGCCUGCGCCGGCUAUUCCUGACCGUGUGGAUGCUCGCCGCCCAUCAACAUAUGACUCGACACCCCCAUUGGGUCCGACCCCAACCGCCGAAAAGAGAGCAAGUCGCCCACCUCCUCCUAUCCCGACUAAUCCACCAAUGCCUCCAGCACAGGGCCGUGCGCCACCUCCACCACCCCCAGGCCAACUUCGUCGGCGGUCCACAGCUGAUAGCCGUGGGAGUGCUCCCCGACAGGCUGGUGAAGAUGUUGAAGGAGAGGUGACAGAAUAUGAUGGAGAUUACGAUACUGAUAUUGCGUCCGGAGUCAAGCAUAAGGAUGCUUUGAGGGCGCACGAGCGAGACUCGAGUUUUGACGAGGGAACGAUCACCGAUGACCAUUCUAUUCAGUCCCCUCGAAGCCCUCAGGAAUCUCGCCUGCCUCCACCGCUUCCACCCACCGCUGCCCCUCGGGGAGUUCCACCUCCACCACCAAGCCAACCGCCGCGAAAUGCUCGUCCUUCCAUAGAUACGCCUAGGGGACCUCCCCCACUCCCGCCAACUAGAGAGGCCCCUCGUGGUGACGCUGAGGAAGAGGAAGAGUAUGAUCCUUUCAAUUAUGCUGCUCCUCAACAAGGGCUGCCCACUCCUCCUCCACCUCCCAGUGGACGCCCGGGAGCCCCGCCUCCUCCUCCUCCGCAGACCGCAACUGACGACUACGAUGAUAUGUAUGAGGCGUCUCCAGUUCAAAGUCCAUUUAAUGAGCAGCCUCCUUCACUCCAUGAGAAGCGACCUUCUCUCGCGCUGCCACCCCCUCCGCAGAGCCAGGCUCCAGCCAUGCCCUCACCUUCUGCUGCUAGAAGCGGCCGCGCUUCCAUGGAUUUGAUGCGGGCUCAGCGGCGAUCGAUGGACGUUUCCCGGCCCUCAGUUGACCAAGGCUUCAUUGCCACUGACGUUGACCUUGGAGAGAGUUCCCUGUGGUGGACCCAGCCCAACACGACUCCUCCAGUAUUCCAGAACCGCAAGGACAUUCUCUUCGAAGUUGAGGAGUCUUCGUCCACGAAACGGGGUGGUGAGACUACCGUAUCCAAGGAAGUUUACGUCCUUUUCAUGGACUACUCGCAAACCGUGGUGACGGCCCACUUCGACGCGAAGAACCCUGCGGAUGUCACUCUGGAACAGCGUCAUGAGCCGCCACCUCUCCAACCCCGCCAGGAUCAACUGGAGCAGGCGCACCUUCAGCAUGGAACUCGAAUUUCAGAGUCCGUUAACGGGAUCCAAAAUUCUACUGUUGGAGACGGCACCCCUAACGGAUUGGUUCAGCACCUGCUGAACCCUCUGUCUGAUGCGCUCCUCCCCGUCGGAACCCGUGCCUACGGCGCCUUGGUCUACUCAAACUUGGCCAACGCUUCUGUUACUCAAAAUGAUGAGAUCCGCGCUGGUGACAUUGUUAGCUUCCGAAACGCUCGGUUCCAGGGUCACCGUGGUACUAUGCACCAGAAGUAUAGUGCUGAGGUGGGCAAACCCGAACAUGUCGGUAUUGUCGUUGACUGGGAUGGUACAAAGAAGAAGAUCCGAGCUUGGGAACAGGGACGCGAGAGCAAGAAGGUCAAGAUGGAGAGUUUCAAGCUGAAUGAUCUUCGUAGUGGCGAGUGCAAGGUCUGGCGCGUGAUGCCUCGCAGCUGGGUGGGCUGGGAGCCUACCAGAUAA